AUGGUGGGUCAAAUGGCGUUCAGUAUUGCCGUCAUCAUCGCCUUCAGCGCUGGUGGGAGAAUCGUCUCCUCCCCACCUGCUCUUCUCCCGUGCACGUGCAUGUUCCCCCUGAUCCUCACCAAUGUUUGCUCCUUAUCCUCCUAUGCGUGCCACGGCGAAUUGCUGAAAACUGGGCAGUACACGCACCGGCAGGGCACUCGCCCGUCACAGCAAGUAAGGCUGCUGGACAGCGACGUGUUGGGCCCCUCACUGCCCAACCUGCUCGGCGUGGACAUCGCCGGCUGCCCCCUUCUCGCUGGGCCUAGAGACUGCCGCCACCCCACUGCUCGCCUCACGUGCCCCCCACGCGCCCAUCUUGCCGCUGCAGGCGCACGGCGUGCUCUGCAUGUCUGCGGGCUUCCUCAUGCCCCCUCAUGUGGCGGCCGUGUGGCGCGAGGCCGGCCCAUGGUGAUGGCGGCGGUGGAGAAGCGUCAUCUUGCCUGGUCACUUCCACCUGCACGGCCGGAAGGAAACGGUGGGGCAAUGGAUGUGGUGGUGGUGAUGGUAGCCGUGGACGCCACCGGCAGUGCUGGGAGCAGGCAGGCACCGGGGUGUGGCGGGUGCACAACCCCAUCUGCACAUCCCUACUGCCUGGCCGCACACCCGCCUAGCACUAUGAGAGCAUGCACAUCCCACUUCACCAUCUCGUCUCCCGCCUGCCCUUCCAUGUCUUCUCUUUCCUUUCAGGCGCCGGGGAUGGUGGCGAACACGAGUAACUUCACCUGCCCGGCCUGCUCCAACCACGCCACCAUCGCGGGCCAUGGAACCCCCCACCACGCUGCUGCUCACCUGCCCGGCCUGCUCCAACCACGCUGCUGGAUUGGCUUCCUCGCAGAGGUGGAUGGGUUCAUGGCAAAGAUGGUUGCCAUUCGCCCUCCUGGCCUUGCCUCCUUGCCGUUCUCGCCCCUCUGUGCCCACCGGGUCACUGCUGCACCUGUCAGCCAACCCAUCCCAUGGAUCCUUGCAUGCGGCGUUCAUCGUGCACCUGCACGGCUAACAGCACUCUCACCAUACCUCUCUUUCACUCGCCAGCCCUUCUGCCCGCGCCUUUUUCCUCUGAAUCCCUCUCCCCCCUCCUCUGACUCCCUCCCCUCCAUCAUUCCGUCUGCUCGUUGCACUUCGCGCGGUCUCCAUCAAUUUGUUACUCCCCUCAGUCCUCUUCCCCCUCCCCUUCCCGACCGGCUCCUUUGGCCUUGCCCCCCUCCCAUAGCUUCCUGCAUUCCGUGUGUUCAGAUCAUGCAAGGGGGCGUGGUGUCCUAUCCUGCACAUGCCACGGAUGCCAACAGUGGAAGGACUUCACAGCUGGCAGGCUAUCCUGGCCUGCCACAUGGCAGGCAGCCACUGGAGCAGGCGAGGAGCGGCGGGGACAGUGAGGAGCAGCAACAGCAGCGUAAUUUCAAGCAGCGGCGUGAGGGGCAGGUGGGUGCAGGCAAUGGUCUGCUGGCCUUCAAGCUGCGGCAGGGCUUGUGGGAGUGGGUUGCAGAGGGAGGGGACAAGGAGGGUGGAGCGAAGGCGGAGGAGGAAUGGCUUGAGAAGCUGCUUGAAAUUAUGCUGCUGCAGGACGAAGUGAGGACGAAGUGA